GAUGGAUUACGCGACUCGCCUGCCUUGCAGCUUGGUUUGCAGCUUGGCCUCAACCACCUUCAGCUCAGUUCCUUGGAGCUCCGACUUUCGCCAUCCCAACUCCAACACAUCUCCCGAAGGUUCUGCAACAGCACUUUGCCAAAAUAAAUAAAGGCCACUUUCCUGGUGAUACAACCCUCGCAACAAGACAUUUGUAUCCAGCCUUGCUGCAAUCCACACCAGCAGCACUAUGUCUACACUCGAGGAGCUCGACGAUCUCGAUCGCCGGGAUCGUGACGACAAGAAGAAGGACGCAGGAGAUGAUAAGGACAAAGACAAGAAGCCCUCAGGUGAUGGUGAUGCUGAGAUGCAGGAUGCCGAGCCCGACGAGGACGAUGUCUUGGACGAGGAGAUUCUAGGCCUGAGCACCCAGGAUAUCCUCACACGCCGACGCCUGCUCGAGAACGACUCCAGAAUCAUGAAGAGCGAGUUCCAGCGGUUGUCACACGAGAAAGCAGCCAUGGGAGAGAAGAUCAAGGAGAACAUGGAGAAGAUUGCCAACAACCGUCAACUUCCUUACCUCGUCGGUAACGUUGUCGAGCUUCUAGAUCUGGAUCCCACAGCCGAGUCAUCAGAAGAGGGUGCAAACAUAGACUUGGAUGCGACCAGAGUGGGCAAAUCCGCCGUCAUCAAGACCUCGACCCGACAAACCAUCUUCCUCCCUCUCAUCGGCCUCGUCGACCCCAACACCCUCAAGCCAGGUGACCUAAUCGGUGUUAAUAAGGACUCAUACCUCAUCCUCGAUACCCUGCCGGCUGAAUAUGAUAGCCGUGUGAAGGCCAUGGAGGUUGAUGAGAAGCCAACUGAGAAGUACAGUGACGUUGGUGGGUUAGAUAAGCAAAUAGAGGAGCUCGUGGAAGCCAUCGUGUGGCCCAUGAAGGAGGCAGAGCGGUUCAAGAAGAUUGGUAUCAAGGCUCCCAAGGGUGCCCUGAUGUACGGACCGCCCGGAACCGGCAAGACACUUCUCGCCCGAGCUUGCGCAGCGCAGACGGAUGCCACCUUCCUCAAGCUAGCCGGCCCCCAACUUGUCCAAAUGUUUAUCGGAGAUGGCGCCAAGUUGGUUCGCGACUGCUUCGCACUGGCCAAGGAGAAGGCUCCCUCCAUCAUCUUCAUCGACGAGUUGGAUGCUGUUGGCACGAAGCGGUUCGACAGCGAGAAGAGCGGCGAUCGUGAGGUGCAGCGGACCAUGUUGGAGCUGCUGAACCAGCUUGAUGGUUUCGCGUCCGAUGACCGGAUCAAGGUCUUGGCCGCAACGAAUCGAGUCGAUGUCCUUGACCCUGCGCUCCUCCGGUCCGGCCGUCUAGACCGAAAGAUUGAGUUCCCUCUACCAAACGAGGAGGCUCGUGCGCAGAUCCUCAAGAUCCACUCCCGGAAGAUGAAGGUCGAUCCGAACGUCAACUGGGGCGAACUGGCUCGCAGCACUGACGAGUUCGGCGGUGCCAUGCUCAAGGCCGUAUGCGUUGAGGCGGGCAUGAUCGCCCUCAGGAUGGGCAAGAACAAGAUCAGCCAUGAGCAUUACGUCGACGCCAUCGCCGAGGUCCAGGCGAAGAAGAAGGAUACCGUCAACUUCUACGCGUAAUCGGAUGGCUUGGAAAUGGAGAUGGCGAUUGGGUCCGUUGCAUGUUGGCUUUAUCAGGCGAGGAAAGAGGAGAUGUAACAUUAUCAGGUGCCUAGAUAGGCCAACUAUACUACCGACCUCUUUCAAGUAGGCAUGGC